AUGGUUACUCUUAUUAUUAACGUCCUCUUCAUUAUCGAUACGACACAAAGGAUGAGCUCUGAUAUGGAUAAUGAUCAAAAUAAGGUUAAAGAUGAAGAGUUACAUAAUGGUUUGGCUAUGAGGGGUUCUGGGGGUACGGGAGGUGCGGGAGUGAUAAAACUGGAAGUGGUGUCGAGUCAGUCGCGAGUGAGUGUGACCAUCGAUGGCGCGACUGAGCACUCGAUGGCACAGACAUGGAAGACGCAGAUGUGGUGCGAGAGAGUGGUCGUGAAGGCCAUCCUCACCAGUCUAUUGGUCAGGAGAAGUACUGUUCGUGUAUUACAGUUGGCAUUAGUGCUCAUUUUGAUGGCAACUGUUGUCAUAAACGUCUUAUUCAUUGCGGACACAAUCAAAAGACUUAACAAUGAAUCCAUGUUUGACUUGCAAGACAGGCUCAGACAAGCCAAUGGUGUGGCUAUGAGGGGUUCUGGGGGUACGGGAGGUGCGGGAGUGAUAAAACUGGAAGUGGUGUCGAGUCAGUCGCGAGUGAGUGUGACCAUCGAUGGCGCGACUAUUGUGGACGACUCGGAUGAGGGCAAAGGUCGGGGCAUUCAUGUGUUGGUAUUGCAUCAGUCGACCGGUUCAGUGAUGGCUCAGCGCCUGUUCGACACGUAUUCGCCACACGAAGACGAAGCCAUGUCUUUGUUCCUAUCGAUGGUAACGGACGGAAGGAUUGUGAUAAUGGGUAUCAAAGACGAGGGAACCUUUCAGAUGAAACAGUCCACAAGGGAUGUGCUCAAGAGGUUGGGCUCAUUGCGCUCUCAACAGAUCGGUUGGCGAGACAUGUGGGCAAUGGUUGGCCAGAAGGGCGGCAAACUGUUGGCCGAGAGUUACAGCCGUUCGCCAGAGUUCAACAGUUGGGGCGCACCGGUAGUUCUUCGGGUGGACAUAGGCUUGAGUACUGCUGUGGACAGUGAGUGUGAUUGGAGUGAAAGUGAGGAGAACUGGCGGCGCAGGAGCUUCUGCUCGCACAUCGAGGGCUACGGCAGUGUCUGCAGCUGUUCAGAGCCGGCGCCACUCACUCUGACCGGUGUUGUCGACCCCGACGACCCCAUCUCAUCGGUUCCCGUGGCUAUUGUCGCCUCCAAUCGCCCCCAAUAUCUGUACCGAAUGCUCAGGUCUUUGUUGUCGGCUUCGGGAUGCAAUCCGGCGAUGAUUACGGUCUUCAUUGACGGCUACUUCGAGGAGCCCCUGGAGGUGACCAAACUGUUUGGUCUGCGAGGCAUUCAACACACGCCCAUCGGUGUGGCCAACGCCAGGAUCAGUCAGCACUAUAAGGCCAGUCUGACGGCCACUUUCAACCUCUUUCCCGACGCCAAGUACGCCAUCGUAUUGGAAGAGGAUUUGGAUGUUUCGCCCGAUUUCUUCCAAUACUUCUCGCAAACCAUGAGACUCUUGGAUGAGGACGAGUCCCUAUACUGUAUCAGUGCGUGGAAUGAUCAGGGAUACGAACACACCAGCGCCGACCCACACCUCCUCUACCGGGUCGAGACGAUGCCCGGCUUGGGUUGGCUGCUGAGCCGACGCCUCUAUAAGGAGCAACUGGAGCAGAGUUGGCCCACCCCUGAGAAGUUGUGGGACUGGGAUAUGUGGAUGCGUUUACCCGACAUCCGACGCCAGCGCGAGUGUAUCGUUCCGGACGUGUCGCGCACCUAUCACUUCGGCUCCUCGGGACUCAACAUGAACUCCUACUUCCAGGACAUCUACUUCAACAAACACGCCUUCAAUACCAUGCCUCACAUCCAACUCCACCACAUCGACAGUGUCAAGAAAGACAAUUACGAGCGACUCGUCCACGACUUACUGCGCAAAGCAAUAGUCGUCGACCACAGCAAGAGUCCGUGCGAACAGUCAUUCAUUCCCGACACGACUGGCCACACAUAUGUCGUAUUCAUCAAAAUGCUUGCCCCCAAAGACUACUCCACGUGGCUCUCAUUGGCCAAGUGUUUCAAGAUCUGGGAUUUGGAUCCUCGCGGAUACCACCACUCCAUGUGGAGGUUCUUCUAUAAGCGCAACCAAGUGCUGGUCGUAGGCGUUCCCAACAGUCCCUACUCUGUUUUCAAACCCUCAAGACUUACUCCACUUUAUUUCGACGACCGAAACACUGGUGACCAAAAUCGACUGUAACUCGUAUCUCAUAUUUAACUAAUCAAAGC